AUGGCCGCACGUCGAGCGGUCUUCUAUUUGGGUGACACGACUGUGGAUUGGGACCCGGUCGCCCGUGUGUGCAAGUGGGUUUCUGCAACAGGCCUCAUCUGGUCGGAUUCUGUCCAGUCGUCGAGAAACCUGACCCGUGCUCAGUCGCUCCUGCUCAGGCACGAGUCCCCGACGCUUCUCCAUCUGCUGUGCCGCUUUCGGGGCCUCGAAUGCUCUGACGACAGGGACAAAGUAUUUGCGCUGCUGACGACUUCCAGAGAAAACAGGGACACCUACGAUGUCCUGCCAGACUACACGCAGUCCGUGACAGAAGUGUACACCAGGAUAUGCCGCUCUGUCAUUCAGCGAAGUCGUCGAUUGCAUAUCCUGAGCUGUGUCCAGAAGGCCGGGGAAACGACGGAUUUGCCUUCCUGGACACCUGACUGGAGGCGGCCGUGGUCUCACAUGGCGCUCGACGUGUACUUUGGUGCCGAACAAGUGCACCACGUCUUUCGAGCGAGUCAAGAGAUGCGAGCCACGGUAACCCAAUCGACAGAUCCACGGAUACUGGCUGUCAAGGACGUCUCAGUUGACACGAUCAGGACAACGUACAAGCCAGAAAAGGAUGCGAUCUUGGCGGCCUCUACUGCCUCUCUCCAAGGGUUCGUUAAUGAGGUGCUCCAUCGUUUCGGAAUCGGGAGGCCAGAGACACCCUAUGUGCUAACGGGUGAAUGGUACCACGAGGCUCUUUUUCGGACCAUAUCGGCCGACUUUGUGAUGAAGACACCCGAUUCCCCUUCGCCUGCGUCAACAACAACCCCAGUCCCCUUUAUACCGCCCGUGGCAGAUGAGCACGGUCACCAAGAUCAACUCAUAUUCACCCCCAGGACUGUGCGGAGGUGGCACAGCACACCCUUGAAUCACACCUACAUGUCUCCAUGGACGGACAGCCUUGAUGCCUAUCAUGCCACAGCUAUAGAAGCACACAGCAUCCCGGAAGCCCCCGUCUGCACAAGAUCCAUUUACAAAUACAUCCAAAACCUCAUGAUAGGCAGGCUGCUGUUCGUGACCGAGACUGGACACCUCGGGCUCGGCCCUGAGGAAGCCCGGCCGGGCGACGCGGUGGUGGUUCUGCCUGGGGCGGACGUGCCGUUUGUCUUGAGAUCUGCAGACGGAGGAGGGGAACAUUGCGUGAUCGGUGAGUGCUAUCUGCAUGGCUUCAUGGAUGGUGUGGCAGUCGAGGGAAAGGAGUCCGCCGCUUUGCGAGAAUAUGUCCUUUGUUGA